AUGGCGACGGCUAAAAUGGCCAAACUUCAGCAGCAACAGCAGCAGUAGCAGCAACAGCAGCAGCAGCAACAACAGCAACAGAAGCAGCAGCAGCAGCAGCAGCAACAGCAGCAGCAGCAGCAACCAGCAGCAGCAACAGCAGCAGAAGCAGCAACAGCAACAGCAGCAGCAGAAGCAACAGCAGCAGCAGAAGCAAAAGCAACAGCAGCAGCAGAAGCAACAGCAGCAGCAGAAGCAGCAGCAACAGCAGCAGCAGCAGCAGCAACAGCAGCAGCAGAAGCAAAAGCAACAGCAGCAGCAGAAGCAGCAGCGCAGCAGCAGCAACAGCAGCAGCAGCAGCAACAGCAGCAGCAGCAACAGCAGCAGAAGCAGACAGCAGCAGCAGCAGCAGCAGCAGCAGCAGAAGCAACAGCAGCAGCAACAACAGCAACAGAAGCAACAGCAGCAGCAGAAGCAGCAGAAGCAGCAACAGAAGCAGCAGCAGCAGCGCAGCAGAAGCAGCAGCAGCAACAGCAGCAGCAACAGAAGCAGCAACAGCAGCAGCAGCAGCAACAACAGCAACAGAAGCAGCAACAGCAGCAGCAGCAGCAGAAGCAGCAGCAGCAACAGCAACAGAAGCAGCAACAGCAGCAGCAGCAACAGCAGCAGCAGAAGCAGCAACAGCAGCAGCAGCAGAAGCAGCAGCAACAGCAGCAGCAGCAGCAGCAGCAGCAGCAGCAACAGCAACAGAAGCAGCAACAGCAGCAGCAGCAGCAGAAGCAGCAGCAGCAGCAACAACAGCAACAGAAGCAGCAGCAGCAGCAGCAGCAGAAGCAACAGCAGCAGCAACAACAGCAACAGAAGCAACAGCAGCAGCAGAAGCAGCAACAGAAGCAGCAGCAGCAGCAGAAGCAGCAGCAACAGCAGCAGCAGCAGCAGCAGCAGCAGCAGAAGCAACAGCAGCAGCAACAACAGCAACAGAAGCAACAGCAGCAGCAGAAGCAGCAGAAGCAGCAACAGAAGCAGCAGCAGCAGCAGCAGCAGCAACAACAGCAACAGAAGCAGCAGCAGCAGCAGCAGCAGCAACAGCAGCAGCAGCAGCAGCAGCAGCAGCAGAAGCAACAGCAGCAGCAACAACAGCAACAGAAGCAACAGCAGCAGCAGCAGCAGCAGCAGCAGCAGAAGCAACAGCAGCAGCAACAACAGCAACAGAAGCAACAGCAGCAGCAGAAGCAGCAGAAGCAGCAACAGAAGCAGCAGCAGCAGCAGCAGCAGAAGCAGCAGCAGCAACAGCAGCAGCAACAGAAGCAGCAACAGCAGCAGCAGCAGCAACAACAGCAACAGAAGCAGCAACAGCAGCAGCAGCAGCAGAAGCAGCAGCAGCAACAGCAACAGAAGCAGCAACAGCAGCAGCAGCAACAGCAGCAGCAGAAGCAGCAACAGCAGCAGCAGCAGAAGCAGCAGGCAGCAACAGCAGCAGCAACAGAAGCAGCAACAGCAGCAGCAGCAGCAGAAGCAGCAGCAACAGCAGCAGCAGCAACAGAAGCAGCAACAGCAGCAGAAGCAGCAGCAACAGCAGCACAGAAGCAGCAGCAGCAACAGAAGCAGCAACAGCAGCAGAAGCAGCAGAAGCAGCAGCAGCAACAGAAGCAGCAACAGCAGCAGCAACAGAAGCAGCAACAGCAGCAGCAACAGCAGCAACAGCAGCAGCAGCAGCAGCAGAAGCAGCAGCAGCAGCAGCAGCAGCAACAGCAGCAGCAGCAACAGCAGCAACAGCAGCAACAGCAGCAGCAGCAACAGCAGCAGCAGCAGCAGCAGCAACAGCAACAGCAGCAACAGCAGCAGCAGCAACAGCAGCAGCAGCAGCAACAGCAACAGCAACAGCAACAGCAGCAGCAACAUCAACCCUCCUCAGAACAGAGGAAACAAGACUGCUUCCUCCGGCUCGAUGCUGACUGCGCUGGAAGCUCGUCAAAGAAACGCCGAUGUGGAGGAACCAGCAACCCUUCAGGCGCCGCGGGGACAUGCGAAACAACGCUGGAUAUCGAACACGCCGACAAACUGUGA